AUGACAAUCGCCACGAUAAAUUUGCAACGUACGCAAUCCACAAUCAUGGAUGUUCUCAUUGAUAGUCAUCACGAAAAAAUUAACCCGCUUCUAAUUACGCCGCAACAGUUAAUAACGGAAGGAGAAAAAAUCCGAGCACAUUUACCGUCUCAUUUACAAUUUCCAGUAGAACAAGAUGAUAUAUUAACUCUUUAUAAGCUGAUGCAAGUAACUGGGCAGGUAUCAAGUGACCAUGUAAUAUUCAAUAUUAUGAUACCACUCGUUGAACGAAAAACCUUUGAAAUAUUUCAUGUAGUACCUGUGAUCUCUAGCGCGACCAAGGUAUUAACGUCAAUAAAGCCAUCAACAGAAUAUCUGGCUAUCAAUUCUCACAAGGAUGAAUACUUCCCCAUAACAAAAUUAGCACUGCAAUCGUGUAUUACAACUGAAGAGGACUCAUACCUUUGCUCAAAUGUUCAAUCUAUUUAUCGUCGUGGAGCAAAUGUGUGCAAGUGUGAAAUCAAUUUGUACAAUAAUGGAACAGGUGACGAAUGCAAAAUAGUUGAAUUAAAGGAAACUACCAUUUGGACUCAGCUGAAACACAAAAAUCACUGGAUAUACGCUACCAAAUAUCCGAUGCAACUCAAUGCAGUAUGCGGUUCGAAUGCAUUUCCAGUGAUACUGAAUAGUACCGGCAUGGUAAAAAUUGCAUCAAAUUGUGUCAUCAGAGACAACACGGUUCUUAUUCAAGGACACCAAGUCAUAACAAGUCUGCUCAAAUCAGCAUAUACGAGCAUAGGAAUUUCAACACCUGAAAUUAAGCCAUCUAAGCGGAUAAACAAUUCUGAAAUUGAAUAUCUUCCACAAUUAAGAGAACUAACAAUUCUGCAAAAACAACUAACGAAGGAUACAUUACCUGAACUAUCAUCAAAGGUACAGCAAACUGAAAAGCAUAGCUUGUCAGUGGGGUACGCAGCCUUGUUUUUGAUUAUUGGAAUCAUCAUCUUAAAAAUAACUAAACUAAUACGAAACAAUCAGACGCCAGGUCAACCGAAUGUUCAGACACCUCAGCCGCUUCCAAGAUCAAGGUCAACAUUUGAUAUCACAACAACAUAA